AUGCCGCCAUUUAUCCUGCUUGUUGCUCCCAUAACAGCAUUCCACCAAGCUAAAAAGUUCCCUAUUCCUCUUGCUCUCCGCAUCCUUUGCAGAUUGGAUCACCAGUCUGAGUUCUUCAAUGUUACCUUGUCUGGAUUGCUGAACUUCAUUGAUGGACUAUGGUCGAGCUGUGGGGAUGAGCGCAUCAUAGUGUUUACAACUAAUCAUAAAGAUAAGCUAGAUCCAGCUUUAUUGCGCCCUGGUCGUAUGGAUGUGCACAUUUACAUGUCGUAUUGCACCCCGUGCGGUUUCAAAUUGCUUGCUUCCAAUUACCUUGGAAUCACAGAUCAUCCACUCUUCUUGGUUGUUGAGCAGCUGAUGAAAGUUACAAAGGUGACUCCUGCAGAGGUAGGGGAGCAGUUAUUGAAGAAUGGUGAGCCUGAAACUGCACUAGAAGGCCUGAUUGAGUUCCUUGAGGAAAAAAAGAAAAAUGUCGAAUUUGAAAAUCAUAAAAGUAAUCAACAAGCACCCGAAGCUGCAGUUCCCUUGAGCUUGAGGAAGAAGGUGGAAAUGAGGGAGAGACAAACGUAA